AUGCAGAACUGGCAGCAAAAUGGCCAGACGGGUUCUGCUCAAGGCCACAAUAAUAUGUGGUCGGGCUCCUACGCGUUCCCUGAUGGAUCCAACCAGUUCGAUGCCUCCCAAAAUUGGCAGCAUCAAAUUCCCAACCAAAAUGCUUUCCCACAACUUGCCCCACGAGGGGGGGGCAACACAAACGAGAAUAAUCUCUAUGCUUCACCACAUCAAGGGCAUGCCGUCGUAGCCAACGACCACAACGGCAUGUCGACAUUGAAUCACGGCAACUUCCAUAACGGCCAUGGCCAAUUCUCGCUUGAUACUGCAUACACAGACGCUGGCCAAGAAGACCCUUUGGCUAGUUUAAGUGAAUACCCCCAAGACUUAUACGGCCAGCCGAGCAAGGCUGAUUUCAACAACGCCAACAUCGACAACCUCAACCACAGUCAUACCCCUGACUUCACACAGCAACAAUUUCAAUACAACGGUCAGGCCAAUCAGCUGUUCAAUGGAAAUGUUCCUCAAUAUACCGAGGCUCAACUCAUGCCUCAGCAUGGCCACCAGUCCCAGGCGCAGCUGCAGCAGCGCUUCGACUCUGUUCCCCAGUCAUUCUCACCCGCUCCUCAGGGCUAUGUUCCAUCACCUCAACAACAUCAGGCUCAGCCUGAGAGAGUCUUUUCUCAAUCACCUCAUCCCUUUCAAGGUCAGCCGCCUCGUCAACAAAACAGCCAGGGAUUCUCUACCCAAACGCCUCCGCCAUCUUUCCAGCAAAAUCAACCGCCGCAAUACCAGCAGAGCAAGUUUGUCCCUCAGCAAAUGUCUUAUGCUCAGCCUGUAGCAAGAUCACCUUUUCAACCCGUUGCUGCAAGGCAGAUGCCAGGUCAGGAUCCGGCACCUCAGCAAUCUCCGCAAGCCCAGCAACAACAGUCCAUACACCAGGUCAAGCCAGCCCCCUCACCGGCGCCGGCUCGUCAACUUCAACCACAACAGCCGCAGCCACAGCCACAGCCGCAGCCGCAGCAGCAACCACAGCAGCAGCAGCAGCACAACCAUCAGCAGCCGUUGCAGCCAUCACAACCGCAGCUCAUCGCUGCAGCACCAGUUUCUCAACCUGAGACGCAUGUCAUCGACCCUGCGCUCCAACCUGAGCCGGCGCCGCAGAAGAAGCGCAAGCGUGUCGUCAAGAAGGAGCCUGAACCUGAACAAGCCGACUCCCCUGGCGAUGCGACUGUCAAAAAGGGAGAAGAUGGAGAAACACUGGUCCUGCCUUCUAGCACCGAGGAAGAAUUGUCUCUCCUGGCACAAUUUAAGAAACGCAACGCCACAUCCAAGAAGCAGUUCCCUCCCAUUCCCGGAGCUUCGUUUCUUGUUGCUACUGGCUCAGCCAAGUUGAUCCCGCCCAAGAGUUACGACCGACUCGCGCCUCUAGUCGCUUUGCCGUCACCCAAUGGAAGACGUAUCUUGCCUGAACUCCGCCCCGAUCUUCCGUGUGAGAUUCAAGGGAGAUUCAUGGAAAAUUACAAGCCGUCUCCAAACUUUGUCGGAAAGCCGGACGAUCGCGAGACGGAGGCAAGACCUCUCAUCGACCAAUAUCAACGUGAGAUGACGAGCUUAGGUCUUCGGCGACCUAAGUACGCCGACUACCCCUUCGCCUUCCAGGAACAGCUCAAGGCCGACGAGGCCGCCAAAUCCAAAGCCCAGAGAAAGGCUCGAAAGGAAGAGGAAGAAGAACGAAAGAAGCCCAUUCGUCCUGAGAAGCGGCCAGCAGACCCUAUUGAGGGUGCUGUCUGGGACAUCCUUGGCAUUGUUUACAUUGAUCCUUCCGCGACUAGAACUAAUGCGCUCAUUGCUGGCGCCGUUCAGUCUCUGGGUGAAUUUUUCAUUAAGCUGAGAUCGGAGACGAACCGUUUGAAGCAGGAACUCGACCAAGCAACGAAGGAGAAGAAGCCUGAGAAGGAAAUUGCAGAGUGGAACAAAAAGCUCGACGUCAAGAAGGAGACCUUCACUCGAGUUUGCGAAGCGGCAGCUAAACAUGGCGAUGAGGCCGUGCUGGAGAACUUUGGCGGUCAUCAGAAGGGCAUCUUGAGUCUGGUCAACAUGUUGAUAGGCGCCAUAAAGGCUGGUGAUUUCAGCGGACCUCUGCCCAAGGCUCUUCUUCGAUUCAUGUCAAAUAUCAGCAUGUUCAAGAAAGUUACAGAAGCUGUCAACUUCGAGAACGUGCGGAAGCGCCUUGCUGACAAGGGCGAUGCUGAGGUCAAGGAACUGGUCCGUACGAUAGCGUCGAGGAUUAAGAAAGACACAGAAACAGCCAAUGGGGUCGAGAUCAAGAAGACAACGUCGGCUGCUCCUGUCAACAAAGUCACCAAACCGGUCGCUAAGCCUAUUGAUGGCUCUCCUGCUAAGAGAGUCCGGGAUGAGGAAAUCGAUUCUCGCAUUGCCAAGAAACUAGCCGUCGAGUCAACAACAGGUGGUGUGCUAGGUAACAAGGUCGGGGCCAAGCCGGUUGCCGGAAGUCUGCAAUCCAAAUUUGCUGGUGUAAAGCGACCAGUGCAAUCGACUACCCUCGCUAGCAAAAUUCGGGCGCCUAAGCCAGUUGGGCCAAGGGACGUUCCUAAGGGUGAGCCUUCGAAAUCCGAAGGACCCAACACGGCCACGCCUAUGGAUGUAGACAAGAAGACAGCAGCAUCGGCGGUUAAGCCCGAGUCAAGGGCGUCUGCUCCCAAGGCUGCUGUCUCCAGCGGCUCCUCUUUGUCCAGCAUUGCUUCUCUACUCGACUCCAUUACCGCGCCUAAGCCAGACGGGCCCUCAACACAGGCGAAGGAUUCGAGCAAGAAAGAUAUCUCGGAAACACCUGAACAAAAGGCAAAGCGACUUCGUAAAGAGGCCCGCCGCCAUCUACGUGUGAGCUUCAAGCCCCCUGAAGAGCUGGUGGAGAUUCGCAUUUUUACCAAAGAGGUCGCAGAAGGCGAAGAUAAUAUGACCAAGGACGCAGCGGAUGACCGAUCCGAGGGUAUGAUGCUCAAACAGCGCAAUUACAAUGAGGAUGAUGACGAGGAGGACGAGUUGCCAGAGAAGCCUUGGACCAUGCCUACCCUCGCCGACCUUUCUGGAAUCCCCGAAGACAUUCGCAACAAGUCUUACGUUACUCGUGGCGGUAACCUGACUUUCCACACAGAGGAACAGAAAGCCAUAGAGGAGCGGGAGAAGAGGGAGCUUAUGGUCACCUACAUGGACAUUGCCGACAUUCCGCCUACACCCAAGUCUCCAGCUCCCGAGUCUGCGACAGUCACGAGCGAUUCUGAGGGCAAAGUCUAUCAGUUGCCUCAGGGUGAGCCGAAAUUUGACGAGAUCCACAAGCGCUGGAAGGAGACACAGACAUUCGGUUGGGAGGCGGCGCAAUACUAUGCUCGCAAGCGCCUUGAUGCCAAGGACGACCCCGGUGCAAAGAUCAACUCGAUUUUGGGCAACCUUAAGCCAAUUGCCCCGGCCGUGGUGCCCGAACCGUACAACAUGACACCGCCCAAGGAGAACGCGCAGCCGAUCCUGCCUCCCGCAGUGGAGAUGCAGCCUAUUCCGGCGAUACCUUUUGACGACAAAGUCCACAGCAUUCUCACCUCCGACGAGGUGAAGACCUGGCGUGAUGCCAACCCGUUCAACUCGGCUACCCCGCAGACUCACCGACGCUACGAUUACCCGGACCCAAACAUUCAAGCAGCCGCCGACCAGGUUGAGGAGGCGGCUGAGACGUUGCGAGGACUGCCAUACCCGGCGACUAGUCCACCAGCAUACUUGGCAAAUGACCAGGAAAGAACGAGAGAGUGGUGGGCCGGAUACCAGAAGGACGUUACGGCGAGAGCCAGGAAGGAGGCAGAGGAUACGGCUCGUAACGCACCCCAGAACGAGGCCCAGACUCAACAACCCGCUGCAUCUGAAACUCAAGAGCAGCAGUGGGCAGCUUACUACCAGCAACAGCAACAAUACGCACAGUACAUGGCCAUGCUCCAGGGCGGACAACCUCAGCAAUCAGCUCAAGCAGCACCUGCCCCGGCUCCCGCGGCACAGCCUACACAGGACUCCCAGCUUCAAGCGAUGCUCGCUCAGAUGGCCCAGCAGCAGCCGGCAGCGCAAGGCAACGCAUAUGGGCUGAACCCAUCAGACACUGGUUACCAGCAGCUGAUGAUGCUCGCACAGCUCCAGCAACAACCCCAGCAGCAGCAGCAAGCACCGCCUCCGCCAGUCGUUCCACAGUCUCCGCCUGAGCACGACGCGAACUCGUAUAAGCCUCCUCCUCACCUUCAGCGCCAGCUUGUGGACUACAGCGACCGGGACACUAGAGACGAGUUCGAGCAUCACGGUGGACGCGAGCGGGAUAGGGAACGUGGCCGUGAUCGUGAUCGCGAAGGAAAGGGUGGUAAGCAGGGCAAGAACCGCAAGGGCAACGCUCCUGGCGGCGCCACGCUCGCUCCCCAUCGCCCUGUCAAUCGGGCUCUCAUCGGAACCAAGCCUUGCAGCUUUUGGCAGCAAGGCAAGUGCGCUAGAGGGGAGAAGUGCACUUUCAGGCACGACAAUUAA